AUGGGAGAUGAGACAUACCCAGAAUGCCGAGCUCAGGAGCUAUUUGAUGAGUUUGUGUCGGCGUCAACCUGCAGGGCGGCACUGUGGUCCUUCAGCCAGCUGUGUGAACACCUGCAGCUGGACCGCAGCGCUGCUGAGAGGCCGCUGUACCGACCAAUCAAACGGCGCCUCAACUACUGGAGGGCCAAUGCUCUGUGGGCCAAACUGGACCGAAGGGCCACCCAGCAGGAGUACCAGAGGGCCCGAGUCUGCAGCAACACCACUUGUGUGAUCAUUGGGGCGGGGCCCUGUGGUCUGCGGACGGCGGUGGAGCUGAGCUUUAUGGGAGCUAGGGUGGUGCUGCUGGAGAAGAGAGACUCCUUCUCCAGGAACAACGUGCUCCACCUGUGGCCCUUCACCAUCCACGACCUGCGGGGCCUCGGGGCCAAAAAGUUCUACGGAAAGUUCUGCGCUGGUUCCAUCGACCACAUCAGUAUCCGUCAGCUGCAACUGGUCCUGCUGAAGGUGGCCUUACUGCUGGGGGUGGAGGUCCAUGUCAACGUGGAGUUCAAGAACCUGGUGGCGCCGCCGGAGGAUCAGUACAGACACAAGGUGGGUUGGAGGAUGGAGGUGAGUCCAAAGGCUCAUCCUGUCAAUCAGCUGGAGUUUGACGUCAUCAUCGGAGCAGACGGACGGAGGAACACACUUCCAGGUUUCAGACGUAAAGAGUUCCGGGGGAAGUUGGCGAUCGCCAUCACUGCGAACUUUAAAAACAGAAACACAUCAGCUGAGGCCAAAGUGGAGGAGAUCAGCGGCGUUGCCUUCAUCUUCAACCAGAGGUUCUUCCAGGAACUGCGACAGGAAACAGGGAUCGACCUGGAAAACAUCGUUUACUACAAAGACGACACGCACUACUUUGUGAUGACGGCCAAGAAACAGAGUCUGUUGGAGAAGAGGGUCAUCAAACAGGACUUUGCGGACACUGAGCUGCUUCUGUCUCGGGGGAACGUGGACCAGAAUGCAUUGCAGGCGUACGCCCGCGAGGCUGCAGACUUCUCCACCAAUCACCAGUUGCCAUCUCUGGACUUCGCCAUGAAUCACUACGGUCAGCCGGAUGUCGCCAUGUUCGACUUCACCUGCAUGUACGCAUCGGAGAACGCCGCCUUGAUUCGCCAACGCUACGGUCACCAGCUGCUGGUCACACUGGUGGGAGACAGUCUGCUGGAGGUGAGACAGGUGGAGGGACAGACAGAGAGUCUGUACCGUCUCCUCCCUCAGACGACACCAGAGAACCUUCAGAGGAACAUCAGUCUGUUUACUGUCGACCCGACGACCAGAUACCUGAACAUCAACCUGCUGCUGGUCACACCUGUACAGGUGAGACACCUGGUGGACACAGGUGAGGAGGCCGGGCUGAACACACACAGUGGUGACAUCACGCGGCUGCCGUCUCCAGGACUCCACCCACAAAGUUCCUUGUCUCAGUCCAAUCAGCUGCUCUCCUGGUGUCAGGAGCAGACCCGUGGUUACCGUGGCGUCGCCGUCACUGACCUCACCACUUCCUGGAAGAGCGGCCUCGCCCUCUGCGCCCUGAUUCACCGCUUCAGACCUGACCUCAUAGACUUUGACUUGUUGGACGUGUCCUCUGUGGAGGACAACACUCGUCUGGGCUUCGAUGUGGCCGAACGUCAGUUUGGGAUUUCUCCUCUGAUGACAGUGGACGAGAUGGCGUCCGUUGGAGAACCCGACUCUCUGUCCAUGGUGAUGUACCUGAGUCAGUUCUACCAGAUGCUCAAAGACACGCCGCCCCCUGCUGGGACUCUGAGUCAGAGCUCUGACCUGAGAUCAGCUCUCAUCACUCCGGCCUCACUGCUCAGCAGACUGGGACUCAGUCCGUCCAGGAAGAGGAACCCAAAGGAGCAGAAGGACACUGUGGGCAAGCGGAGGAGGACCAGCCGAGUGUGUCGAGAUCAGCAGGAGUCAUGUGACCUGAACCGUGAUGAUGUCAGCCAGGUGUGUGACGAGGCCUUUGUGGGCGGGGCCAGUGGCUCCAGAGUGCGUCUGAUGGCCAAUCAGCUGCAGGCGAAGCUGGACGAGAGCUCCGCCUCCUGCAGGAGUUCUUCUUCUUGUUCUGCUGCAGCGGCGUCUUUAUGUCGACAGAGGAAGCGAACUCUUCAGCAGGAACAGAUGAGUUUUCGGUUCAGAGAGAAGGUCAGGUCUCAGUCCGUCGUCAGCAGGGAUGAGCAGGUGUGCGGCGGCGGCAGCAGUGACGUGUGUUUCUUCUGUCAGAGACGAGUGUACCUAAUGGAGCGUCUGAGCGCAGAGAGUUUGUUCUUCCAUCGCAGCUGUUUCCAGUGUUUCCACUGCGGCUCCACGCUUCGCCUGGCGGCGUACGCCUUCGACCAACACAACCGGAGGUUUUACUGUCUGCAGCACUACGACUCUCGACUCAACGCCCCGACUGCCAAGAGGAGGUCAACGCCGUCCGACAGAGGCACCUCACACCGCACAUCAAUCGCGUCUCUGUGUUCGGCCCCGUCAGGCUCCUCUGCAGACUCUCUGAUCUCAGCAGAGCGUCGGCGCUCCUCAGUGGUUUCUGUGAUGGCGGCGACACCCGAGAGGAUCGAGCUGGAGAACUACCGCCGCAGCUCGACCAAGGUGGAGGUGGAGCUUCUGGAGGAGCCAGAGGAGGAGCCAGAGGAGGUAUCAGAGGAGACGCUGAACCGCUUCAACCUGAGCAUGGACGAGAAGGUCCGCCACAGAUCCAGUUCAGGGUCGGAGAUGGAGGAAGAGGAGGAGGAAGGCAGCCGUCGACAUUGUGUGACAUCAGAAGAGGCCAAAGCUUCAUGGAGGGAAACUCUGCAGCAACACCUCCACCUGAGGGAGGAGAACAAGAGGGGAAGAAAUAUGCAGGGAGUCCAAAAAUCCAUCACACAGUACGGUCUGAGAAGCCAAAUUAGCCGACCGGCCGCAGAAGACACAGACGACAACAUGGCGCCUCCGCAGAUAGACACCGCAGCGGAGCUAGCUAGCAUUAAAACUUUGCUCCAAACCAUCGCGUCGGACAUGAGUGGGCUGAAAGCAGGCAUGGAUGCAGUCCAAACUACAGUGGAGACGCUUGGACACCGGGUGACUGAAGCCGAAACACGGAUUUCGGCGCUGGAGGAUAAAGAUGAGGUCAGAGAAACAGCGGUGAACACAGCGAUGAGAACCGUCACACAGCUGCAGGAGCGAGUUAUCUACCUGGAGGAUGCCGGGCGGCGUAAUAAUGUUCGCAUUGUGGGGAUAGAGGAAGGCGCCGAAGGACGUGACAUACAGGGGUUUGUACAGAAACUCAUCUCUGAAACACUGGAUGUCGAGCUGACACAGGAUUUUGAAAUCGAGCGCUCCCACAGAACCGGCCAACGAGGAGGCAGAGACCGGCACAUUCUGGUACGUUUCCUGAGAUUCACAGCCAGGGAGGCUGUUCUACGUGCGGCGAGAGAGAAAGGACGAGCGACGUGGAAAGAGGAAGAGUUUCCUCCAGUCGUCUCCUCACCUGCAGGAAGUGACAUCACACAGUGUGACACACCUGUGGAGCCUGACUCCACCUCCGGCCCGCUGCCCUGUGUCACCUCCUCCACACCUCCGUAUGAGACUCCGGCAACUGCCAACACGCCGUCCACUGCCUCCUUCGUCACCACGCCUGACUCCACCCCCGACAUAGACAGAGACACAGCUCCACCCACACAGCUCACACCUGUUGUCAUGGAAACUGCUCAGAGACAGCCUGCUGGAGGGCGGGGCUCUUUUGAUGACAUCAACCCUGAAGUGCUACAGACUAGGCCCCGCCUUCUGCAGGCCAGAGGGGCGGGGCCAGGAGAGGAUAAGGAGGUGUCAGAGGAAGAGGGGGCGGGGUCAGAGGAGGUGAGGAGGAGGAGGAGACUUAAAGGAGCCCAAACCCUCCCCACUCGCCUCCUCCUCCCUCCUCUGCAGGCUGGGGGCGGGGCUCUCCUCCACCAGCUGAAGGGGCUCAGAGAGGCUCCACCCCUCGGACAGAUGGAGGUGGAAGGGGGCGGAGCCAGAGCCAUGUGGAGGACGGUGUUUUCGGGAAACAGGAAGGAGAAGCAGAGGAAGAAGAGAGGCAGGACUUUACCUCCAGGUGCAGGGAGGGUGAAGACAGCCAAUCGGAGGAGAGCUACAGAUGUGACAGAAGAGUCUGAUCUGGUCUCGUCGGCUCUGCUGCAGAGGUGUUCACUGACACCCCGGAACAAUCUGCGUCUGGAACUGUUUGACCUGACAUCUGAAAUUCAGAGAGUCACGAUAAAGGAGGAAGAUGAGGAGGAGAACCAGGAGCCAGCAUACGUUCCUCACGCUCUGGCGUUUAAACGAGCUUACGCCAUCAAGAGACGCUCUCGAAAGGACAGAGUCCCGGUCCAGGACUCUGAGAGACGGUCUUCAUGUUCCACCGAGGUGGUGGGGGUCUUGGUCCAGCCGAAGGAGCCAUCUAGUCUCAGUGUGAAGGAGACCAUGUUCCAGAGGGGACAGGAGGACGAAGAGGAAGACCUGGAUACCAAAAUCACCCGACGAGUUCAGAGAGCUGCUCGAAGGAAGGCCAAACAGGAGCAGCUGAAGAGACUCCACAAAGCUCAGAUGAUCCAGAGACAGCUGCAGCAGGUGGAGGAGAAACAGAGACAGCUGGAGGAGAGAGGAGUGAUGGUGGAGAAGGCUCUGAGAGGAGAAGCAGAUUACUGGGGCGACUCCAACGACAACCAGGACGUCGAGCUUCACCUGGAAGGACUGGGUAAACUGGACAAUCCGGCUCUGAUGCAGCAGUGGUUCCAGUUGGUCCAGCAGAAGAACUCUCUGAUCCGAUACGAAUCUGAACUCAUGAUAUUUGCUCGAGAGUUGGAGUUGGAGGACCGACAGAGUCGUCUGCAGCAGGAGCUCAGAGAGCGUAUGGCCGUGGACGACCACCUGAAGGAGGAGUGGCAGCUGCUGGAGGAGCGCCUGAUCCUGGAGGAGAUGUUGGAGGUGGUGGAGCAGAGAGACUCUCUGGUGUCUCUGCUGGAGGAACAGAGACUGCAGGAGCGACAGGAGGACCAGGACCUGGAGGAGGUCAUGAUGACCCGAGGACUGGGACUUAGCUGGACCUGAACUGGUCUGCAGUGAUGUCAUCAGAACCACAAAUCUGAUGACAUCACUGUAACCAGGAAAACUACGCCAACGGGUGUAGAAGAACUUUGGUCCCGAUCUGAACUGGACUCUAAAGAACUGACCAAACCAGAUGGAAAUAAAUUCAGUGAACGGAUCUGAGACCUGAAGACAGUCUGAGACAUGGACCGAGACAGAGGAGACAACCUGCAGACUCAGGUGGACUCAUCUUCAGCCUGAAGUCUUCAGCCCAAACUUUUUUCCUCGUCUUCUUCUUCUUUUUCUUACUGGAACGUGUCAUGGUUACCAUGUUCUCAUGAAUCAGUCAGAGUGUCUCACAGCGGGUACAGAACUUUCUCAGGACAUGUUUUGUUGACUCAGCAGAACUGAACUAGAACAACACACAGGAAGUGACUUCAUUCAUGAGCCAACAGCAGACAGUUUGACUAGUUCAUGUGAUCAUCUCAUUAAUGAUCAGUUCAUGAAGGAUUCUGUUAACGAGCAGUUGUUGUGAUGGAGUGAAUAAGUGAAUGACUCCUCUGUUAAUCCAAUACACAUAAAGUUGUGAAUGUGACGUUAGCUGCUAAGCUAACCUGUAACAUGCUAGCUAACUGGAAAUAUGAUAAUGCUAGCCCACCAAGCUAGCUAGCUCACUAACAGCCAGUUAGCGCUGCAUCACAGUCUCGUCUCCACCACAGCCAAGUGUCGACUAAAUACAGACACAAAAAGUUAAGUACUUUAACUACUUACAUCAGUCAUUACUUUUUUAACUAGUUAAUUUGUGUGUUUAACUAGUUAAAUAAGUAACUUAAUUAGUUACAGUUGAGGCCAUAAAUUUAAAUUUACCUUGGCUGAAGAAAUUCAAACUUAAUAUUUCACAUCUUUAUAUUCUUCAUGUCACCAUGUUGUUUUUCUCUGGUGAAGUUUGUAUCUACUUUAUUUUCAUCAGAGAUUAUUUCAAAAUCAGAGACAAGAUAAAAAUGUAUUUCAGCUUUUAUUUACUGAGACAGAUUUUCAGUGGGUGAAAAGUUUGAAUACACUCUGUUAGUAUUUUGUCACAUUGCAUUUCAGCUCCUUCACAGCUCCUUUGGUGGUGUCUCAGGGUUCAGUUGAACCUUUUGGGUCGAGGUUCGUUCAGUCCACGGGGAAAUUUUUCUCUAUCCUCCUCAACGAUUCAGCCUUUGUGUGGUUCAGACUCUUGGAAACUGCUCCUAAAGAUGAACCAGACUUGUGAAGGGCCACAGUUCUUUUUGCUUGGAGUUUGCAUGUUCUCCCUGUGUCAGCGUGGGUUUCCUCCAGGUGCUCCGACAUGUUCUCCCCGUGUCAGCGUGGGUUUCCUCCAGGUGCUCUGACAUGUUCUCCCUGUGUCAGCGUGGGUUUCCUCCAGGUGCUCCGACAUGUUCUCCCCGUGUAGGCGUGUGUGUUGUUCUAAUCAGUUCAUCCUUAACUCGAAGUGGACAUUUGUGCCAAACUUAAAACAGUUCAUUUAGGAUGUUGAGAUGUUGUGUAUACGAGAAUCAGAUGGACGUACGGGCAUAUUAAAAUUAUAACCCCUCUGGCACAGCUGUCGUCAGCUUUGAGACAUACAGACCUUGACAUAUAAUGAGAUCAUGACUGAUGACAUCACUCAGAUCAUUAACUGAUCAAUAAUCACCUGAUAAAUCUACGACACAUCAGACACAGUUUGACCAUGAUCCAGGUUUUACUUUUUAAAUCAACAAUAAAUAUUUACAGACUGACGGAGGAACAUAAAGGUAAACAACACAUUAUUACAGUUAAUUAUCAGUGCUACAUUCAGUUCAGUCUGAUAGAAAAAUAACAUCUGAUUAUUAUGGUCUGUAUCAGCUGAAUAUUAUGGUCUGUACCUGG